AGUGUUGAUAUUCUUGACUUUCUCACACUACAAAUUCUUAAGGGCUAACACUUCAUGGUUCAGAUUCAGCAGAAAUAUGGGUGGUACAAGACUUGCCGCCGCUGCAGUGGUUCUUCUUGUGCUCGGUGUGGUUUUACUCGGAGCCGGUGGUGGUAACUUGAUUGCCAAGGCCUGUCCUCUUUACUGCUUGGAUGUGGAUUACAUGACUUGCGAGUCCUCCGGUGAUAAGAAGCUUAAUUCUGCUUGCAACUGCUGCUUGGCUCCCGAGAACUGCACCCUUCACCUUGCAGAUGGAAGGACGGUUCAGUGUUGAUUAUAUAUAUACACACGAGGCCAUAUUAAUGGCUUCAGUACUUAUGUAACCAUAUAGUAUUGAAUAAAAUAAAUAAAUAAGUUGAAUGAUCCAGAUGAUCUUAUGCUAGUUUUA